UGAUAAAUCAAAUGACUUUGCAAUAACAUUGUAUAGCCUGUUUGUAAUUGAAACUUUGUGACAGUGUUUAGUGGAUUAGUGCUUGUGCUGGUGGUAAUCAUAACAUAAGAGAUACAGUGAGAUUGGCAAGAGUAUCCUGCACUCUAUGUUAUGAUUAUCAUUAAAGACAAAAGCUAAAAUAUAAAAUGAGCAUAUGUUAAAUGGCGGCCAUAUUAGGCGUGUUGAGAGCUAGGUGAUGCGAGCCGACCACGCCCACGAUGAGUUCGUUCCUCAUGAACGGCGGCUACCAACCGCAGCCGGACCCCAAGUUCCCGCCCUCCGAAGAGUACAGCCAGGCCGACUACAUACCGCCCGGGGAGUACUACCAACAUCAACACCUGCAAUACGGUUACCAACAUCAGUAUGCUCCUGUCCAAAUCGGUACCGGAUAUGGCUACGGCGGGUACUACCACCCGUUGCCCCAACAUCCUCCGGUCGCGCCGCCCCCGCGCCCCCCGGAGCCCUCGCAUCCAUCUGAUGCCGACCAUGGUUACGUCCCUCCCCAUAACUCUGAGGGGGCUCCUGGAUUAGCAGAGCUUGGACUGAGACUAGAGAGGCAUAUAGAAGAAGCGGCUCCUGCUGGAAGAAAACUCCAUGCGCUGGGCCGAGAAGGUUCUCCGGCUUCGGAGAUGGAUGACGAGCGACUUCUGCUGGACAGUCCACCAGUGGAGGACGACGACUCCUCAAUAUGUUCGGAUAAUACAGACAGGGUGAUAUAUCCGUGGAUGAAGAAAAUACAUGUGGCUGGAGCGUGUGAGUAUCCUCUAAACAAAUAA